UACCAGACUCAAUUGAGUAGUUCAGACUAGUACAAAGUUAUGUUUAUGACAAAUCAUGUUUGUACACUGGUUUAAUCUUUCAUUUUGUUAUCAAACGCAACCACCAAUGGCACUGCACUCAUUAAUCAAAAAAACAAUAAACCACCCCGCCCCCUCGCCCUGACUAUGCAAAUCGUGUAUCCAGCAACCACUCUUUAAUUCGGUGAUAGCAAAGGCCAAUCAUUAUCUACAGGCUUCGUGAUAGGUCACUUAAAUACUGUACGUUCUCACCAAUCAGAGUGAAUCAGAGGGUAUAAAUUGUGCUGAACCGCGCUGAAAUGUUAUACGCUAUUGCAUAGUAAAUAAACAAAUAAAUAAAUACUACUUUAGAAUGUCUGGUAGAGGUAAAACCGGCGGGAAAGCAAGAGCAAAGGCGAAGUCUCGUUCAUCCAGAGCAGGGCUGCAGUUCCCAGUCGGUCGUGUUCAUAGGCUGUUGCGGAAAGGAAACUAUGCUCAGCGUGUGGGCGCUGGAGCCCCGGUCUAUCUGGCCGCGGUGCUCGAGUACCUGACUGCUGAAAUCCUAGAGCUGGCCGGCAACGCUGCCCGGGACAACAAGAAAACCAGAAUCAUCCCGCGUCACCUGCAGCUCGCUGUCCGCAACGACGAGGAGCUCAACAAGCUGAUGGGAGGUGUCACCAUCGCUCAGGGCGGAGUGCUGCCCAACAUCCAGGCUGUGCUGCUGCCCAAGAAAACCGAGAAGCCAGCUAAGGCCAAGUAAACUGCUGCUGGUGUCUUGCGUCUGAAUACCGAAACAAAGGCUCUUUUAAGAGCCGCCCACACUUUCAAUAGAAGAGCAUCUUAAAAAUUAGUUUAACAGUUUAGUAAAUACCAGUAUCUUAUUUCGCUUGCAAUGAAAUGCGUUUAGCCUGUAUUACAUUGAU